GGGCGGGCGGCGUCUGUCCCCUCCCGCUUGCUGUAGGAGGCGGUGCGGCGCAAACAGUGGGCCGCCGCCUCCGCCGCUGCUUCAGGGGGCCAGUCACGCAGAGCCCGGGGCGGGCCGCUCCGAGGAGCCUGGCGCCCGCGGACAGGUGGGCUUCCCGCCCGGAGGCCCUCGGGCUGCCCGCACGGCCCGGGAGACCCCGCCAGCGGCCUGUCCGCGGUUCGCCUCGGCGGCCGGGGAGGGAGGGAGGGCGGCGCGGACGGCCGUCCCGGUCCUCGCGGGCGGCAGCUGGCCCGGCGUCGGGCUCCCCAGUUUCUGGUACCGAAGCGCAGACGGGUUUCCUUGUCGGAGCCACGCACCGUUAAUGUAAGGCCGUAGAAUAGAAUAUCUCUCUAUGCCUGUCUCACCAGUGUAUUUUGGAACCACAUAACUUGUCUGAUGUCGCAGGCUCACAGCUGGCAAGGAAUUUUGCCUUCGAGUGAAUCACAUCUCAAGUCUCAACCAUACCUGAUGAUAUUCAGAGUUCAGUUUCUCUGCGCCCCGGAAUUUUCGAAGGCUGUCCCAGCCCGAGCUGCAGCAUGCCGCAACCGAGCCCGGCCCGGCCCAUGGCGACCCUCCCGGGCAGAGCUACACCUACGUUCUUGGGCUAUUUUUUGUAUUUGCCUCAGUUAUUUGGAGACAUAGAGGAUUGGCCACAAAGAAACCUGUAAGUAAUGGAAGGAAACACUCUGCUGGUAAAGAAUGUUAUGGUCCUGAACCUGGUGUGUCUGGUUUCCUGCCGUGGCGUACUGCAGAACGUGCAAAAAGCAACAGGGGUUUUCCAUUCAUCAGACUCGUGAUGUAUGUAGUCAGGUGCAGGUCCAUCAGAAUUUCCUGUGACUGUGACAGUAGAGAGUCCUUCCUCCUCAGAAAUCGAAGAGGUCGAAGAUUCCUCAGAAAGUGUUCAGGAAGAGCCAGAGAAAAUCAGUUUGAAACAAGAAGCAUUGCAGGCCUUCAUGCCCACUCAUUGACAAGCAUGAUCCUGGAUGAUGAAGGUGUUUUGGGCAGCACUGAGAAUUCUUUUCAGAAGUUCCAUGCUUUCUUGGAUCUCCUUAAAGAUGCUGGGCUUGGGCAGCUGGCCACAAUGGCUGCUAUAGAUCAGUCAGAUUUUCAUUUACUAGGUCGUCCCCAGAUGAAUUCUACUGUUAGCAGUCCACCUAAAGAAGAAAAGAAGGCACUUGAAGAAGAAAAAUCAGAAUCAAAACAGAGUGCCCCAGUACAAACGCAAAAUCUCCAAUUUCAGAAAAUUACAGGUGAUGCUGGGAUUCCUUUGCCUCUCGACUCCUUCCAUGUCCCAGUCUCUACUCAGGAGGCCUUAGAAACUUCCAAAGACAACCUGGGGGUCCCAGUCACAGAGCAGCGGCAGGAGCCUUUUGAAGAUUUCAUUGCUAGAACAUGUUCUCCUUCAGCAGACGUCAUUUCUGGAACUGGAAGUCAAAGAAAAGAAGAGGAAUUAUCUAGAAAUAGCAGGUCUUCUUCAGAGAAAAUGAGCAAAGCAGGUGAAUAUACCAAAAAAUACUCUGCUAAGAAACAACCUGGGAAGGACCUGCAUUCCUGCUCUGACUCACCUGUAAAGCAGAAAAGCAAAGGAAUUGGGCAAAAUAAUUCUUUGCUUAAUGAACCAAUUAGAAGUGAGUCUUCGAAAAAACACAUUUUUGUUAAGAAAGAGAGUAGAAUAGUGACUGUUUCAUCAAAGACAACUAAAAGUAAACUCAAUCUACUAGAACAUUCUGAAAGUGAUACUCUUGGAUCUGAUUGUGAAUUUCAAGAAGGCAUCCAUACUCCGUCACACCUAACAUAGGUCUAAAUCUUUUAAAAUCUUUUAAAAUUAUGUUUUUGCCUUCAAAUUUUAAUAAAUUACUUAUGUUUUUAUUAUAGCAUAUGGUGUUUUAAAAUACUUGACUGG